GCGGGCUGUCGAGGCGGGGUGAGAGCGCAGAGGGCCGCGGAACGAAAGAUCGCAGCAGCUUGCUGGAGGAAUGUUGUGGGGAAAGAUGGCGUAAAGGGGCUGGCGUAGAGAACACUGACUAAAGAAAGUAGAAUGGUAGGAUUAUGGUUAGGAUUCCUAACCCGCUGAGUUUGAGCCGGAGUGAGGGUGUGUAGUCUGGCGUAGGAUCGUGGACUCGACCAUUUGGUUUCUCUUGUGGAACACGUUCGUUUGGUGUGUGUUGCGCUCGAGGUAGUUCUAAAAACAGUGAAUGUUCCUGAUCGGGAAUUUCCAAAUUGAAGUUUUUAAAAUUUUACCCUGUAUUGGAAGAAUAACAAUGACUUGAAGUAGCAGAACUGUAAGAAUAAAUUGGCUUGGUUUCCUUUUUCUUUUAACUUGGAGGAGUAAAAAAAUCUGGAUAUAUGUACAUUCCUAUAUCAAACAUCGGAGAACUGUGUUUUGUGUUCAGGUUUAGCUUUGGACAGUUUUCGGUUAUUCAGUUGGAAAAUCAUCAAAUUUGGCGAGAAAAACUGAAAAUUUUCUGGAACGAAAAGAAAAAGGAACCCACCCAGUUUUUGUGAGACAAAGGGCCAGUUGUAUCCUGAUUGAUGAGCUGUUUUAAGCUACUCACUGAUACGUCUGGUGUAAGGUAGUGAUAAGUCUCUUUUAGGCUACAAAGUGAUAAGUCUCUUUUAGGCUACAAAGUGAUAAGUCUGUUUUAGGCUACAAAGUGAUAAGUCUGUUUUAAAGACUUUUAGCUUGUUUCUAUGGCCAGUAAUGAGUAGAGUGGACAGCGUGACGUCACAGUUGUACCUCUACCGGUGUUGUCACUUAUCAGGUGACCCUGGUGGUGUAGUCGGCAGCGCAGUGCAAUACGUCGCUUAUCUACCUCACGUCCUGUGGCAUUAGGGGUUCGAACCCGCCCCUCUCAGCAGCAGAACCACCACCCAAGUGCAGAUUUACUUUCAACGACAUCGAGCUGGGAACUUAUUUUUGCUGAGUCUGAUUUAUGCAAGCAUUUCAUCGCUCACCCUCAUCUCACACCGCACAUGCACGCUGAGACGUCCCGGGAUCGAAACCACGGCGACCUCACGCGAAGGCACGAUUGACAAGGUCAUGGCCAGACCGACUUACAGGAAUCUUGGCAAGUCGGGUCUACGAGUAUCCAACAUUGGAUUUGGAACCUGGGUGACCUUUGGAGGUCAAGUUACCGACGAGGUGGCGGAGGAACUUCUCACCGUGGCCUAUGAGCGUGGCAUCAACUUCUUCGACACGGCGGAGGUUUACUCGGCUGGCAAAGCUGAACUCGUCCUUGGAAAAAUCCUCAAGAAAAAACAAUGGCGAAGAUCCAGCUACAUCAUCUCGACCAAGAUCUACUGGGGUGGCAAGGCCGAGACAGAGAAAGGAUUGUCUAGAAAACACAUCAUAGAAGGUAUCAAGGCCUCACUGACCCGCCUACAGCUGGACUACGUGGACAUUGUGUUUGCCAACAAGUCGGACUCUCACGUCCCUAUGGAAGGUAAGACACACAUUGUGUUUGCCAACAAGUCGGACUCUCACGUCCCUAUGGAAGAAAUCGUCAGGGCAAUGACCUUUGUGAUCAACCAGGGGUGGGCCAUGUACUGGGGCACCUCACGGUGGUCAACAAUGGAGAUCAUGGAGUCCUACUCUGUAGCGAGACAGUUCAACCUGAUCCCACCCAUCGCAGAGCAAGCAGAGUACCACUACUUCCAGCGGGAGAAAGUCGAGAUGCAGAUGCCAGAGAUGUACCAUAAGAUUGGUGUGGGCACCAUCACGUGGUCUCCCCUGGCCUGCGGGAUCCUGUCCGGCAAAUACGACGACGGCAUACCAAUCUACUCGCGUGCAGCGCUCAAGGGCUACAACUGGCUACGCGAGAAGAUCCUCAGUGAGGAGGGGAGGAGACAGCAAGCCAAACUCAGGGACAUUGCCGUCAUAGCUGACCAGUUGGGCUGUUCUCUCGCCCAGCUAGCCAUAGCCUGGUGCGUGAAGAACGAGAACAUCAGUCAGGUUCUGCUGGGGGCGUCAACCGUUGACCAGCUGUGUGAGGACAUCCAGGCAUUGCAG